AUGGAGCCUGUACCGGGUCAGAGGGAGGAGGAGACAGAGAAGAAGCUUAUCAACCUCCUCCGCGGCUGGCCAUCCACGCACGUAUUACCAGCAGACCUCCUCAAGACCGCGUCUGCCAAGGUCCUCUCCGAUCCCGACAUCUUCGUGCCAGGUCUCCAGUACGGCCCCGAGCCAGGCUAUCAGCCCCUCAGGGAAGAGCUGGCCCGCUUUCUGAGCAGCUACUACGACACGGAGCCCGACGCAGAGAGGCUCUGCAUCACGGGCGGGGCGAGUCAGAGCAUGGCGUGUCUGCUGCAGUCGUUCACGGAGCCCGUGUACACCAAGGCCGUGUGGGCCGUGGCGCCCUGCUAUUACCUUGCGUGUCCGAUCUUUGAGGACUCAGGGUUCAGGGGGCGGCUGCGCGCCGUGCCUGAGGACAGCGAGGGCGUGGACCUGGACUUUCUGGAGAAGGGGCUCAGGUCGUUUCAGGAGGAGCUGGACCCGGAUGAGCGGCCCGUGUACAAGGACCCGAACUUGAGGAAGAUCUACCGGCAUGUCAUCUACGUCGUGCCUUCCUCUGCCAACCCGAGCGGCAAGACCAUGACCCUGCGGCGGAGGGAGGGGCUGGUCCGCCUCGCCCGCGAGUACGACUGCCUCGUCAUCUGCGAUGACGUCUAUGAUUUUCUCCAGUGGCCCGUCUCCAGCAGCGUCUCGGACCCAUUGUCCUCCUCCUCCUCCAUCUCCACAACUGUCCCUCCUCUCCCCAGGACCAAACCCCUCCCCCGCCUAGCCGACAUCGACCGCGCCCUCGGCCCCAGCAAGCACGACGCCGCCCGCCCAGACGGCCGCUGGUUUGGCCAUGCCAUCAGCAACGGCUCCUUCUCCAAGAUCGUGGCCCCAGGCGUGCGCACCGGCUGGGUAGAGGGGACACGGGAUUUUGCCCUGGGAACGGCGCAGACGGGCUCGACCGGGUCGGGCGGGGCGCCGUCGCAGCUGUCGGCCACGCUGGUCUGCGAGGUGAUGCGGCGCGGCGACCUGGCGCGGCAUAUUGACGCGGUGUGCAGGCCCGGGCUGCAGAGGCGGCAUGGGUUGUUGAUGCGGGCUGUGCAUGAGCAGCUGGACAGGUUUGGUAUUGAGGUUUUGGAUGGGAACCUGGGCGGGCAGGGGGAGGGGGCGGGGCAGCCCGCCACGUAUGGAGGGUAUUUUGUCUGGAUUACGUUUCCUCGGGGUCCGGCGGCCAAGGACAUUACGGAGCGGGCGAUGCGGGACGAGAAUCUGAUUGUGCCGCCGGGAAGUAUGUUUGAGGUGAAGAGGGACGAGGAGACGGCGAGGUUUGAGAAGAGCAUCAGGUUGUGCUUCUCGUGGGAGGAUGAGGAGGAUCUGGUGGAGGGUGUGGCGAGGCUUGGACGGGUCGUUCAGUCGUUAUGGGAGGGGAAACCGGAAGAGGCAUCACAGGAAGGGAAGGCAAGCGGGCACAAGACGUUGGCUGCUUUCUUUUGA